AUGUCCAACAGCAGCAUCCCCACUGAGUUCCUCCUCCUGCCAUUCGCAGACACACGCGAGAUGCAGCUCCUGCACUUCGGGCUCUUCCUGGGCAUCUACCUGGCUGCCCUCAUGGGCAACGGCCUCAUCCUCACAGCCAUCGCCUGUGACCACCACCUCCACACCCCCUUGUACUUCUUCCUCCUCAACCUCUCCCUCAUUGAUCUGGGAUCCAUCUCCACCACUGUCCCCAAAGCCAUGGCCAACUCCCUCUGGGACACCAGGACCAUUUCCUAUGCAGGCUGUGCUACUCAAUUCUUCUUUUUUGUUGUGUUUGUCACCGCAGAGUUUUAUCUUCUCACCAUCAUGGCCUAUGACCGCUAUGUUGCCAUCUGCAAACCCCUGCACUACGGGACAAUAAUGGACAGCAGAACUUGUGUCAACAUGGCAGCAGCUGCCUGGGGCAGUACUUUUCUCUAUGCUGUGCUGCACACCACCAAUACCUUUUCCCUUCCCCUCUGCCAAGGCAAUGUCCUGGACCAGUUCUUCUGUGAAAUUCCCCAGAUCCUCAAGCUCUCCUGCUCAGAUGCCUACCUUCAGGAAAUUGGGCUUCUUGUUCUUAGCGCUAUUUUAGCAUCUGGCUGUUUUGUUUUCCUUGUGCUGUCCUAUGUGCAGAUCUUCAGGGCCGUGCUGAAGAUGCCCUCAGAGCAGGGCCGGCACAAAGCCUUUUCCACAUGCCUCCCUCACCUGGCCGUUGUCUCCCUGUUUCUCAGCACUGCCAUUUUUGCCUACCUGAAGCCCUCCUCCAUCUCUUCCCCAUUCCUUGAUCUUUUGCUGGCAGUUCUGUACUCGGUGGUGCCUCCAGCAGUGAACCCUCUCAUCUACAGCAUGAGGAACAAGGAGCUGAAGGAUGCGGUUAGGAAACUGAUCUGGGGGAGGUUUUACAGUACUCAUAAUGAUGCCUUCACUCUCCACUAA